AUUUUUAUCUGGUGUAUACCUUUGGGGAGGCUUGAGGUUGAACCGCCUGUGCGUCCAGCAAAGCAAAUGAGAAAAAGUUUAGUCUAGGAUCGCUUGUGCCAUGAAUAACAUCGGACUCUUGUUUUUCUAUUGAUUUUUGGCAUGCAUUUUUGAAUUACUAUGAGGUGAAAAAAAGGAUUUUAAAAUGAACACGAAAGCUCGCCUGACGUUUCUUCUUAUCUUUGCAACAAUACUUGGUUACGGCGUGAUUAACAUUUUUCAGAGAAAUGAAAUAAUCACAGACAUUUACCAUGAGCAACUUUUCGGGACCAAGUGCAUCCCCAAGGAACACAUAUUUUUCCUCAAAGUGCACAAGUGCGGGAGCUCGACGGUGCAAAACAUUUUGAUGAGGCGAGGAUACCUCCGAGAGAAAAACUUUGUACUUCCAAAAGAAGGGCACUACCUGGGCCAUCCAGAGCCGUUCAGCAAGUCUUGCGUGGACGCCCGCUUUCUCAGGCCGACCGAGCAUUUUGACAUCUUCACGCACCACAGCCGCUUCGGCCCCGCCGGUGUCACAGAGGUCAUGCCCUCGGACGUUAAGAAGGUCGCCAUCGUCAGAGAGCCGGCCAAGCUGUUCGAGUCUCUCUACAACUACUACAAACUGAACCGAGGGGGCUACGCGACGUCGCUCAAGGCGUUGCUCCAAUACGACCUGCAGCAGCUCAAAUCAAUGGCCAAAUAUCAUCAGCGGUGGGGCGGAAGAAUUGGUUUCAACCAGAUGGCCUUUGACGCUGGAUUAGCAGCGAACAAAUUCGACAGCAAAGACGAGGUGGACACACUGAUCGGCAUGAUGGACACGGAAUUUGACUUGGUGAUGGUAUCAGAGCACAUGGAGGUGUCGCUGGUGCUGCUGGCCGAGCUAAUGUGCUGGCCGCUGGAGCAAGUGGCGUUCAUCAAGCUGAACGCGCGUCCGUCCAACUCGGGGGCGCGCACCGUCCUCACCGACGAGGAGAAGGAAAAGUUGCGGCAGGCCAACGGGGCCGACGCCAGAAUUUACGAGCACUUCAAACGCAAGUUCCGCAAACGGGUGGACGAGUACGGCAGGGCGAAUAUGGCGAGGAAGGUGGCCGAGUUGAAAGGGCUGAACGAGAAGCUGACGGCGCUGUGCAUCGACAAAGUGAUUCCGCCCGAAGACGCGAGCAAAGAUUACCCCGUGUUUACCUACCAGAUCAAUGACGGCGCCCCUGACAUUUGCAAACUUGUGGUUAUGGAGGAGCUCAAGUUCACAGACUUGCUCAAACAGCGGCAGCUCGAGAGGUUCAGCCACUUUGACGACUUUGACUAUUUCAUGAACGCGGCGGCCGCCGAUUGAAAGACGAUGCUCGAGUGCCGCGAAACCGUUUCCUGGUUUAAUUCUAUCCCUCUCUCUGCGUCGAGAGGUUAAUUGAUAUACAUUUUCAUUUGACGUGUUAGUGGGAGACACACAAAGGACGUGAAAAGGGCGACCUUCCUGCUUGGAGAUUGAGAUUGAAACAGCGCAUUUGGCGGAGAAAUUGCUUUGAAAUUAAUAUAUUUAAGUUGUUUUCUUGAAGAAAAAUCAUUGACAAAAAUUCAUUUUAAUUCAAUAAUAAAUAAUUCAAAACUUGAACAAAUAUAAACAUAAAUAUAAAUGCAGUAAAAUUAAUUUAACCAGUUUUUGUAAGAUAAUGACAUUAAAGACAUUGGCUAUUGCAAACAAAAUUGAUAAACUUUGCAAAUGUAAAGGGAAAAAAAUUUUGAAAUAUUAUUUUGGGGUAAACAUUAAAAAGAAAUCAUAAAAUUCAAAGAAAAAGCACUAGAAUUUUAGUAUUCAUAAUUUUUUAUUUUUUAUUUAUGUACGUCAGGCUCAAUAUAAUUUAUUUAAUAUUACAUUCACAAUUCAUGCAUAUAUAUCUGCAGCAAACGUCUAAAUUAUUAAUAAAGAAUAAAUAACCGUGAAAAAUUUAACACCAGAAUUUGCAAAAAAAAAUUAACCAAUGAUAGUUUUUUUUUUUUAAUUUUUUUUUACCCUAAAAUAAUUUUUGUUCUUUUUUUUUAACUUUUGAAAACUGUUUCCGAGUUUUGCAGUAAGGAAUGAUUUGGAUCCUUUGAUGCUAUG